GGGCUGGUGCCGGCAGGCUCGGACCCGCCAUGGAGCCGGUGACCAAGUGGAGCCCGAAGCAAGUGGUGGACUGGACUAAGGGCCUGGAUGAUUGUCUGCAGCAGUAUGUCCAUAAAUUUGAACGGGAGAAGAUAAAUGGUGAACAACUGUUACAGAUUUCUCACCAGGACCUUGAAGACUUGGGUAUCUCACGGAUUGGACACCAGGAACUGGUUCUAGAGGCUGUGGAUCUCCUGUGUGCACUGAACUAUGGCCUUGAAACAGACAAUAUGAAGAACCUGGUUCUCAAGCUACGAGGGUCAUCCAACAAUCUGCAGAACUACAUCAGCAGCCGUAGGAAAAGUUCCAAUUAUGAUGGAAAUACCUCUCGCAAGCCCCCCAAUGAAUUCCUUACUUCUGUCGUGGAGCUUAUUGGUGCUGCUAAAGCCUUGCUUGCAUGGUUGGACAGGACCCCAUUUACAGGUAUUGCUGACUUCUCAUCAAUGAAGAACAGAAUCAUUCAGCUCUGCUUGGACCUCACUACUACUGUUCAAAAGGAUUGCACUGUGGCUGACAUGGAAGAUAAAGUCCAGACUGUGGCCAAGACUUUAAAUGGCAUUUGUGACAAAGCCAUCCGGUCCACUACAGACCCACUGAUGAGCCAGUGUGCCUGUCUGGAGGAGGUCCAUUUAACCAACAUUAAGCCUGGGGAAGGCCUGGGAAUGUACAUCAAAUCAACUUAUGAUGGAUUGCAUGUAAUUACUGGAACUACAGAAAAUUCCCCUGCUGAUCGAUCCCAGAAGAUUCACGCUGGUGACGAAGUGAUCCAGGUUAAUCAGCAAACUGUGGUUGGAUGGCAACUAAAAAAUCUGGUGGCAAAGUUGCGAGAGAAUCCUGCUGGAGUUAGGCUGCUGCUUAAGAAACGUCCUACCGGCUCUUUUCAUUUCACUCCUGCUCCUCUGAAGAACCUGCGCUGGAAACCACCCUUGGUGCAGACCAGUCCCUCACCAGCUUCAACUCAGUCACCAGAAAGCACCGUGGAUACCUCACUGAAGAAGGAGAAGCCAGCCAUUUUGGAUCUGUACAUACCCCCUCCACCAGCUGUUCCAUAUUCUCCUCGAGAUGAAAAGGGGAGCUUUGUGUAUGGAGGAGGCAGCAAACGCAGUCAGCCACUGCCUGGGUCCAAGGGCGCCGAGUCUCCCAAUUCGUUUCUGGAUCAGGAGAGCCGGAGGCGGAGGUUUACUAUUGCUGAUUCUGAUCAGCUGCCUGGCUAUCCCAUGGAAGUAAACGUCCUACCAGCCAAAAUGAGAGAAAAAACACAGUCCUACGGAAAACCUCGUCCUUUGUCAAUGCCUGCUGAUGGAAGCUGGAUAGGAGCUGCAGACCCCUUCUCUAGGCCACGAGGAUCAGGGAGAAAAGGUGAAGAUGUCCUCUGCAGGUACUUCAGCAAUGAAAGGAUACCCCCGAUCAUUGAGGAAAGCCCCUGCACGCAGCACCCGCUCUCCAGGCCAGUGUCUGACAAGCAGUUAGUGAGGGGAACAGAUUAUAUUCGAGGCAGCAGGUGCUUUAUGAAUACAGACCUCCACAACAGUGCAACAAUUCCUUUCCAAGAGGAAGGUGCUAAAAAAUCAUCGGUCACAUCAUCCACAAAAUCCUCCUCGGCAGAGCCCUCGCUGCUGGUCAAUUGGUUCACGAGACUGAAACUGUUGACUCACUGACUUGUCCCCAGCGCUGUCACCAAGUGCCUUUGCUCCUCGGUCACACUUCUCUACUCUGCAGCUUAACUGACACACAGUGACUAAUGCAGUAUUCUUUUCCUAGAGAAUCUCACACUUUAGCCUUUUUGUUUGUCAUUUUUGAUGGAUCAGAGGGUUUCAUAGUGCAAGGAAGCAAGAAAGACCAAGUUCCUCUGCCUGGCCAAAAACUGAAGGCAUUUAUUCCCAUGGAAAUGAGUAAAAUUUCAGUGAGGUAGAGGCCACAAGUGACCUGGAAAAUGCAUAAUGACUCAGAGGAAAGCAUUGCAUUAUUACUGUGAAGUCCAGUGGCACUUUAGUUGUCUGAAUGCUCAGAGGCUGGUGCAACUGGCAGGGUGUCAGACUAUGAAGAGCUCACAGAAGUUGUCACUCUCCUGACUGGGAAAAUAAGCAGGGAAACAGCAGUUUCACGCAACUUGGUGAUGCUGUUUCAAGUACUGCAUGAGAUCAACCUUGUGAGGAAGAAGUAGUGGUGUUACCAUUCUUUCUCUGAUAUCCAGAGUUCCUAUGAAGUCUUAGGAAGAGAGUUCUCUUAUUCAGAGAUUUUAGGAAGUUGGACUAAUUUAAUUAUAAAUCAAUCCAACCUUAUAUAUAUAAUCUAUUUUAUUUGAAAUCACAGUACAAAUAAGGAGCACUGAACAACUGCAGUGCUCAUCUGUAAAGGUAUAUGGAUUGCUACAACAAGCCAAGGAAAUGCAUCUGUAGAGGUGGUGAAAGAAUCUAUAUUUUUUCCUUAAUUGUUUAAGAAUGACUUGCUGUUAAACAAAGUAACCUUUAAAGACAGUCCUGUUGGACUUACGAGAACUUUUACGGUGGUUCAGUUUUUGAAUGAUGUGUUGUUUUUAUGAAAAAUAUGUGCUAUCAUACACUACAAUUGUAAGACAUCUUGCUAUUUUCUAUAUAGCUCUAAUUUUUACCCCUCCAGAAUUUUAAAGUAGCCUUGGGUAUUUUGGGAGGAAAAUAAAACUUGUUUAACAAAAGAGAAGGAUAUUAAAGAGGUAUUGUUUAAGAAGGAAUGUACAUAAGAUUGUUAGUAUGCAAACAGUUGUGUUUAAAGUUAUUUAAAUGUUAAAUAUAGUUGUAUAUAUUUUUACAUUUAAA